CUGUCCCUAGGAAUUAAAGGACAGCAAACGCAAAAGUGACCAGACGGUGCUAUUUCGUCUGUUUUAAGUCAAGUACCCUUUAACAAAAUAUGUCUCGAAGACAGGCUAAGAGGUUCUUGAAAAAAGCGUGCAUAUUUGCAGCCGUUGGGAUGGUCAUAAUAUCAUCUUUUCUCGUUUUUCCCGGCAGCUUUGGCCCACAGAUGGAAAGUACAAAUACACAACGACUACAAGAAAAAAGACAGCUCAAGAUGGAAACCACACAAUCUUCUUAUAACCAAGAAUCCAAUUCAGAAGAGGAAAACGACGAUUUGGGAGCUUUCGCAGCUGAUGACUUUUUUCCUCCUCAAAAAUCGCAUGACGAGCGGUGCUCAAGAAUUCGAGGGGAAAAGCUACAGUUUGACGAGAUUGUUGAAGGAUCAUUCAUUUACUCGGCUUUUCUAGACUACAGAUUCAAGGAUCAGACAUUCAUUCGAAUGAUUUCAAUUUUUCCUUCGUACAGUGAGCCUCCUCAAAUGUAUUGCCACUUUAUGGACUUAAGAACAGAAGAGUAUUUUACGAGCGUUGUCGAAAUUGAGGAACUCGGCACGAACGACGGGUUUACAUUUCAAGGGUAUCUGUCAUCGUGCGAUCUGCCGGAAGAAAUCGAUAGCUACACGUUGUGUUCGGUGAAUGUAUCUUUGGAACCCGAGUCCUUCCGUCAAACGGACGAAAACACCAAACAGAUUCCCUUACAUGUGUCUGAAGACCAACCAAUGGAUACAGAAACUUACGCACUUUGUAUUCCGCCAAUAAGCGGUGAAAUAUCUGCUGGAAGACUUGUUGAAUUUCUUGAACUCUCGGAAAUUCUAGGAGUGUCAUAUUUCGUGUUUUAUGACGCAAACCUCUCUGAUAAAACCCUGAAAGUUCUCCAAUAUUACAACGAAAUAGGGGCUGUAACUCUGAACCCGUGGCCCCUACCACAGAACAUUGCUUCGAAUAUUCAAGACGGUGGACAAACCGUAGCUUUAAAUGACUGCCUGUAUAGAAACAUUGACCGGUUUAAAUAUGUGGCCUUUAACAAACUGGACGAAUUUAUCGUCCCCCUUCAAAGUAAAAAGACCCUUGAUAUCUUUGAAAGUCAAAGUGAUGAAGACACCGCCGGAAUCUGCUUUCAAGGAUUCAUUUUCGAUACAUCAACAUUUGAGGAGAAGAGAUCGCACACUCUUCUCUUCACGCAACGUUUUACCUCGAGGAUAAAAUCCCCAACGGAGGAGUUAGCAAGAUGUAUUGUUUCCCCCAAAUAUGUUUUUUCGUUAGAAUUAAAUGCAAUUUCAAACCCGUUAGAAACUUUUUACACCACCCAUCACGUGGAUACAAGCUUUGGUCACGUGUUCCGCUACGGAGAAUGUAAUUAUGCCGAGUGUAAAGACUCUCUCCAGGACCUCACCAUGGCAAAAUACCGUGAAGAGUUGGAAAAGAGAUUGAAUCUAACAAUGAUUUAUUUAAGGCAAUAUCAAGUAGUAUAAGAACAAACAUAAUUUUUCAUUUAAGCAAAGAAUAGUGAUCUGGUCAACGAUGUUACUUUAAAAAAAAAUAAAUAAUGAGGAUUUAAUUAGUACAUUGCCAUAGUAUUUUAAACACUAAA